GCGUCUCGCGGGCACUAAAGUGCGCAGACACGGGACCGCGGGAGGUGGCGAAGGAUGGCGCUCGCGGCGAUGAGCUGGCUGCUGUUGCUCCUGGCCAUGGACUUGGCAGUCUCUGUGAACAAUCAAUUUGGUGCACAUGCAGAUUAUAUAACACCAAAGUGUGAUCAAUAUAAAUUACCAGGAUGUCCAAGAGACUUUAGCCCUGUAUGUGGAAGCGACAUGUCCACUUAUCCCAACGAGUGUACUCUGUGCAUGAAAAUCAGGGAAGAUGGGCAUGAUAUAAAAAUAAUCCGAGAUGGACCGUGCUGAUUGUGCAGUUUACAGAAGAGAAAUUGGAGAAACCACCUUCAACUACACACUAGAUGAAUUUAACUUUCCCUUUUUCUCUUUUCCAAUGUUUGUUUGCAUGAGAUUUGUUAAUCCACUUUUUCUGAGAGAAGAUGUGGAAGACAACCAUGUGCAGUAACUGAUGAUUAAAACAAAAAACAAAACAAAAUUCUUAUUUCUUGGCUUUUGCCCCUUGAGUUAAGCUUAUUGCCCAGAUGACUUGUGCAUUACUUUAUUUAGUUGGAAUAA